CUCGCUGGGAAACAUGUCGGCGUCUGAGACAACGACAAAGGAGCGCUCUGAAAAACAUGUCUCAAAAACACCAGCAGAGUCAUUGGCUGGACAAAGUCAAAAAAAAGAAGAUAAUGCAGCCGCCACCACAUCUGCUGCAGCAGACCAGACGGAGUCUAUGGGUAGUAUACCAUCGAUGUUGUCGUCUCAGCAGCCUGGGAAGGAUGGCUCCAGAGCUGGAGAGGAGGGAGAGAAACGGUCCUCUGCCGCGUCCACACCGAACAAAACUGCUGCAGGACACUCAGUAAAGUCGCUAUCAUCAAUGUCGUCCUCUGCAUUGUCCUCCUCUCCUUCUACAUCUUCAGCGUUGUCCCCUGGCCGGGCCAAGAUGAGUGUUUCUGGGCCCGGUAGCAGUAAAUCUGUCCUGCCACUUGCUCCAUCAUCCUCCUCUUCCUCCUCUGCAACAGCUGCUUCUUCUUCUCCGUCUGUUUCCCCUGCACCACCCAAGAUCCACCGGGCCCGCAAGACCAUGAACAGGCCUCCGCCUGCGCAGAUGAGUCACGUUGAGGCGCCUGUUGCAUCAGGAUCCUCUACCUGCCUUUCCUCUGACUCUGAAACAGUAGCUGCAAAGAGGAGGAGACUGGGUCAUUUAUCAGAAAACACACCUGAGAAGUGUGAAAACAUUCCAGACAAUGCUCAGAAUGUGGAAGGAAAGUUAUUCCAUAAAAAGGUGGAGCUUGUUUCCAAAACUGCAUCAAUGAAGAGCAACACCUGUGUGGGGAAGUCACAGGGGGAAGCAGACGAGAAAAUUCAGGUUUCUAGUCCGUCCACGCGAGAUUUAGAAAAGUUUGAAGAUGGUGGAGAAGGAAGGCAGAGAGCAAAAGACAUAGAGGGGUCAGUUAACAUAUCAGAUCAUAGUUUGGAGUCGGAAACACAGAGAGCCAUCCACAGUAAAUCUUCAUGGUUGCCUUCGGAUCAGGACGAGAGAAACACAGUUGAUGUAGUGGAAACGCUUGGAGUAGGAAGAUCUGCAGAAUACACAGAGGUUCCUUUAGGUGCUCUGGACAUUGCUGCUGCUGACAGUCUGACACUUUCUCCUCAUGAAGGCAGCGAUGCAGGAGACACCGAGCGGCUGGAGGAGCUUCCUCUGUGCAGCUGCAGAAUGGAGGCACCUCGCGUCGACAGCACCAGCCAGAGAGCCAGCCGGCAGUGCAUGGCCACCGAGAGCAUCAAUGGAGAGCUUCGAGCUUGCACCAAUCGGACCACUAAAGGGGAAACCAUGCGGCCAUCCAGUCGGGUUCCCCUCAUGGUGCUUUGUGACGUCCAUCGAUCACACAUGGUGAAACAUCACUGCUGUCCUGGUUGUGGAUACUUCUGCAUAGCAGGCACAUUUCUGGAGUGCUGCCCAGAUCAGCGCAUCGCUCACCGUUUUCACCGGGGUUGUGUGACGGUGUUGGGAGGCGGGCGCAGCAGAGCAAAUGGUGGCGGUCUGCUUUUCUGCCCCCACUGUGGAGAAGACGCCUCCGAGGCCCAGGAGGUCACCAUCCCCUCCUUCAGCUCGGCCACAGCCUCGGCAACCACAGUGGUCACCAUGUCGGCCUCCUCCACCACCACCCCGUCUCUGCCGCCAUCUGUCCCUUCAGCGCCCUCCCUCACCGCAUCCACAGGAGGGAUGAAGGAUGGGAAGAUGCCCGAAAGACCUGUCAGCGCUCGUAUGCGUAGCCAUGGUUUGAUAAAACUGGCAGUGGAGCAGCAGCAGCCUCCACAGUCGGUAGCUUCAGCAGCGACGGCAGCCACUGUUCCCCCGGCAGAAGAGGGAGUGGACAGCGUGGGGCCAUCGCUCUGUAUGCCAAAUGGGAAACCCAUCAGCCCCAGUGCACUUCCACCUGGUCCCAGCAGGGCAGCGCUGCAGAAAGCCAUCCUCACACAAGACACAGAAAGGAGGAAGAAACUGAGGUUCCACCCUCGCCAGCUCUACCCCGCUGCCAAGCAAGGAGAGGUGCAGAGAGUUCUGCUCAUGCUCAUGGAGGGCAUAGAUCCAACAUAUCAGCCCGACUCCCAGAACCGGCGCUCUGCUCUUCAUGCUGCAGCUCAGAGAGGUCUACUGGAAGUCUGCUACAUGCUGGUCCAGGCUGGUGCUCAAGUGGAUGCCCAGGACAAAGACCUGAGGACUCCUUUGCUGGAAGCCAUCAUCAAUAAUCACAUAGAGGUGGCUCGCUACCUGAUUCAGAAUGGUGCCUGCGUGUAUCAUAUUGAGGAGGAUGGAUAUACUGGCCUCCACCACGCAGCCAAGCUGGGAAACCUAGAAAUCGUCAGCAUGCUUCUGGAGACGGGGCAGGUUGAUGUGAACGCACAGGACAGUGGUGGCUGGACACCGAUAAUCUGGGCUGCAGAGCACAAACACGUUGAUGUGAUUAAAUCGCUGCUGAACAGAGGAGCUGACGUCAGCAUCAACGAUAAGGAGCUGAAUGUGUGUCUCCACUGGGCGGCGUAUGCAGGCAACGUGGAUAUAGCAGAGCUGGUGUUGAACGCCGGCUGUUCCCUCGCCUCAGUUAAUGUGCAUGGAGACACGCCGCUCCACAUUGCUGCCAGAGAGGGCUACUUGGACUGUGUUACGUUGUUCCUGUCUAGAGGUGCAGAUAUAGACAUCAUGAACAGGGAGGGCGACACUCCUCUCACCUUAGCGCGAGCAGACACGCCAGUGUGGGUUUCCCUUCAGAUCAACAGGAAGCUUCGAAGAGGGAUAACCAAUCGCAUGCUAAGGACAGAAAGAAUCAUCUGCAGUGACAUUGCGCAGGGAUACGAGAACGUACCGAUCCCCUGCGUGAAUGCAGUGGAUGAUGAGGGUUGUCCUUCAGACUACAAAUAUGUUUCAGAAAACUGCGAAACUUCAGCAAUGAACAUAGACCGUAACAUCACACAUUUACAGCAUUGUAGCUGCACUGAUGACUGCUCCUCUAGUAACUGCCUCUGUGGACAGCUCAGCAUCCGCUGCUGGUAUGACAAGGAUCAGCGGCUGCUACAGGAGUUCAAUAAAAUCGAACCUCCGCUUAUAUUUGAAUGUAACAUGGCGUGUUCUUGUUAUCGAACAUGCAAAAACAGGGUGGUCCAGGCAGGUAUUAAAGUUCGUCUACAGCUCUACAGGACAGAGAAGAUGGGCUGGGGGGUUCGAGCUCUGCAGGAUAUUCCUCAGGGCAGCUUCAUCUGCGAAUACGUCGGUGAGUUGAUCUCGGAUGCAGAAGCAGAUGUUAGAGAAGACGACUCCUACCUGUUUGACCUGGACAACAAGGAUGGUGAGGUGUAUUGUAUCGACGCCCGUUACUACGGCAACAUCAGCCGCUUCAUCAACCACCUGUGUGACCCAAACCUGAUCCCAGUUCGCGUGUUCAUGCUGCAUCAGGACCUGCGUUUCCCUCGCAUCGCCUUCUUCAGCUCCAGAGACAUCCUCAGUGGGCAAGAGCUCGGGUUUGACUAUGGAGACCGGUUUUGGGACAUUAAGAGCAAGUAUUUCACCUGUCAGUGUGGAUCAGAAAAGUGCAAGCAUUCGGCUGAGGCCAUCGCCCUGGAACAGAGCAGGCUGGCUCGGCUGGAGGCUUGCCCAGAAUCGGGAGCGGACUGCGGGAUGACCAUGAUAGGAAACUCUUAAAACACACACCCACGGGGCCUUUGGAUGAACCUUUUCAGUUUUACAUGUGCACACUAGCAAAUACACCAUUAAGAGGUUUAUCAUUCAGCUUGUGAUGUAUGGUGCUGUUUUUUUUUCUACUUGAAAUGUUAUUUUCUUUUUUCAAAACUGCCAAAAUCAGCCAAUUUGUCACUUUAUCAUUUCCACUAUAGUGCAGGACAUGGGCCUUAACAUUUUUCAAAUGUUGCUGUUUUGGGGGAAAAACAGGAGGUCUUAUAAUUCACUAUAUGCAGUAAUUUUACUGUAUCUCACAAUGUACUCGCGCCUUGACACACAUACCUUGUGCAUUAGGAGUCUGUCUUCAAUGCCAUCAUAUACCAGUCAUACAUUCUAUAUAUACACAGACAUUUUUCCGUUGUGCCAACAAACUCAGCGCAUUUUGACAUAGGACGGUAAUGGGUAAGACCUUCACCCACGCUGGACUUGAUGAGGACCUGAGGGAUAGUGUUGUUUUUGGAUGAUUGUUUUAGCUGUACUUUCUUUAUUUUUUAUACAUAUCUUUUUCUCUGUCCUACGUAGUGUAAUAAAAUAACUCAUGAGUUGA